UCCGAGAAAUACUUAUAGCCUCCUUGAUGGUGAUCAUCCACGGGAUGGAAGGCGCUGUCGAUGUCUGUCUUUCAUACGGGAUUUGUAAUUGCAGUCAUCCUCCACCCGUAUUUAGAGUUCUAAACCCAUCAUUUUUUAAAGAAAUCAUCUGUGAAGACCCAGGAGUCCCAGUGAAUGGCUACAAGACAAACGCGAAGCUUGUAUACCAUCUGAAUGACACGGUCUACUUUCACUGCAACGACGGGUACACAAUGAAUGGAAGUAUAUCCAACUUUUGCACUGAGUCUGGAGAGUGGGCUCACCCUGUGCCCGUAUGUGGUGAAUCAACUACUACGCAAGACACCACAACGAUGUCAACUACAGAACCCACCACCUCACACCCUACCACAACGACUCUAGCAACUAGUACUACGCAAGACACCACAAAGAUAUCUACCACGGAACCCACCACCUCAUCACAUCCUCCCACAACGACUCUCAGGACGUGUACCUGGCCUGGAUACAUUCCUGAAGUUGUUCAGUAUGUGAACGGACUUGAGACGAACAAACUUGCUACUUAUUAUGAUGAGCUUCCUGAAGGGACGUUUCUAGUGUCUCGUUGCACCUUUCCCGGAGAGUAUGUGUUGCGUGGUAGUUCAAAUAGAACUUGUUCUGAUGGUAGCUGGGCAGGGGAGCAACCGAGCUGUGUUCCUGCAGACACCAGAAUCGUCUUCAAAGACUACAGGCCCCUUGAAUUCAGGAGUAAUGGAACAAUCAUCAUCCAGCCUCGCAGUCAGCUCAUCAUUUAUUGUCACGUGCCUUCCAAUAAGGUAGCAAGAUUUGAAUCACAGAAUGGCCUGGAUGCUGUAUAUUUGGCUAAAUAUGGCCCAUCAACAAUGGUCAUACGUCUAAGCCCACCACGUACGUCACAUUCUGGGCGGUUCACUUGCCGGUCUGAUAACUCUACUCUUUCUCACACUGCCUAUGUUCAGUUUGCUGGUAAUUAGAUGAGUUAUAACAGUUCUGAUGUAUGGAUUUGAAGCUUGGACCCUGACAUCAGACCUAAGAAAGCGACUGGAAAGUUGUGAAGUUUGGUUCCUGAAGAGUUGUGGCCCUCCAUGGUCGCCAACGUCUCAGGGUAUGGCACGUAGAGAGAGAGAGAGACAACAUCAUCCCUUUACAAAUUAUUCUAUUAUUUCUGGAGUGGUAUUCUAAAAAUAAUCAUUUUUUUAACAACAUAAUAAAGGACCAGUCGCUUGUUUAUCAUUACAAAACAUUAUAACAACCCUCCCCAAAGAACAAAAACUCAACAUAUAGAGACAAUUGAAUCGUGAGAAUUAGGGAAUAUAUCUAAUGACUUUUAAAAAUAAUUUAAUUUGAAGAAACCACAUAGAAGUUAACUUGUAUUGAGCUCCUGUGCCCUUGUAUGCACUUUAACAUUCGUCAUUUGUCUACAAGAUUCUACUUAGUAAGGGUGCAUUCCAACUUGCAAGAUCUCUUUACAGAACGCACGUUUUGAGAUUUAAAACAUUAAUAAUUAUGGUAGAAUGCCAUGGAACCCAAAACAAUUAAAUGGUGGUCUCCUAACUCCCCUUUGAUCUCGAGCUCUUGAGCUAUAAUUGAUACUAGAUCAGUUACAAGGUAUAAAAAUCCAAAUUAGUUUUAUCUUUACUCUUUCAGCAAUCUCUUAUACUAUCCUUGGGGGUGUUUCACAAAACUUGUCAUCAGUGACAAAUGACGGUUUUUGUUAUAAGCUACUGAAAUCCUUGCUUCUGAUUGGUUAUCAGCAGAUUUGUCACUGAUUUUUGUCAUUUGAUAUUUGUGAAACGGACCUCUGGUGGUUUCCAUCUCCCUGUAGUCAAUAGCAACCAAUCAAAUGCACCGUAAAGUACAUUGAAAUGUUUGUCCUAUAUCGGUGGAAUAUUUGUAAUGAUCGAGUUGAUUUGUCUGCAGCUUAUUAGAAUGAUUUAGAUACUCUGUAGUUCAUGUGUUUUUUUCUCAGAAAUGUUCAUUUUAUCUCCUUGUAUUUACAUCCUAUGCUUCAGAGAAAAGAUGGUAAUUGGUUGAUUGAAAGAGACUAAAUUUACUUCUCUGUCAGAUUCAAUAUGAAACAGUAGUUUAGGCCAGUUUUUGAGAAUGUCAUAGGAGAAAUAUUUCCUGAAAAGGAUUGCUCAAAUGUCCUCAUAUUCAAAAUAUGAAUAUGAUUUUACAAAAGUAGGUCAUAUGUUUAGACCAAACUUGUAUACCCCAUGGGUAUGUAGUUCCUGUAGUCCUUUUUACCCAUAUCUGUGUACUGUGCAUUUUCAGCAGGACUGAAAAAAAAUUCUGUUCAUUUUGAUCAUUCAAAACCUCAAAUUAUAAAUGUCAAAACCCUUAUGUAGAUCUACCUCAUUUUGCGAUUGGCUGGACUCACAAUUUACAGCGCCCUCACCGGCAGGCCGCAACGGGCCAUUUUUUUCAGCUUGCGGGAUGACACGUUGGUAUGCAUGAAUCUCGGUUUGUUCGACUCUCGGCUCAAUCCCCUACUCCAUUUUUGCUGAUCUAACCUCAUUUUUCUAGAGCUUUUGCAAUCUUUCAUUUUCCUUUUUUUUUGUUUUUUAUCUAUCUUACUUUUUUUUAACCUUCUCUAAUGUUUCUUCUUUAAUAAAAAGAAAUCUCCUUCCCAAAAUCACUCCCUUAUUGUUACAUAUUUGUUAAUUUAUUGAUUGUCUAUGUAACCAUGUACUUUAUUUUCAAGACGUAUUGUAAAACAUCAUCUGAUGAACUAAUAUUUCAACAAGCUCUGCUUCUAUUUA